AUGGCUAAUAGUGUUAGGGUUAAUAGUAUAAUCAGGAAAUAUAACCAUGAAAUGAAUCCUCGUAUUGAUGAAGUAGCACCUAGAUUUCGCAAACUAACUGAUGAGAUGCUUGAAAAGAUAAAGUUCUGGACGAUUCAUGGUAAAAUGGCUGCAGCAAUUCUUGAAGACGAAACUGAAGCAACAUUUGUGUGGGUCCUUCAAGAAUUAAUAAAUUCUUGUGACAUCACACCAAUAGUUCUCUAUUCUAAUGCUGAUUCCGCCAUGUUAUCAGCAGUAUGA